AUGGAAAAGAAGGAGCAUUUUAUAAUCGAUGCUACUGGGCAAGUGGCAGGAAAGCUUGCUUCAAAGGUUGCUAAGCUCCUUCUUGAAGGAGUCCGGGUGACAGUGGUGUGCUGUGAGGAAGCGGUGUUUGUAGGAAGCUUAGAAAAGGCAGUAAAUAAAUUCAAGGCGUAUCUUAACAAAAGAUGCAUUGUUAAUCCAAGGAGGGGACCGUUUCACUUCCGAGAGCCAAGAAUGCAUCUUGCAAAGAUAAUCAAGCGAAUGAUCUCUUACAAGAAACCCAGAGGAAAAGUGGCAAUGAGCCGACUUACCACGUAUGAGGGGAUUCCUAGAGAACUGGAAGGGCAACCACGACACAAGGUCACUUGUGCAUUGGUAAAAUACACAAGUAAUCCAAACAGGUAUGUUACUCUUGGGAAGCUUCUGAGUAUGUUUGGAUGGAAGCAUGCCGAGGCAGCCAAAAGUCUCACUGAUGAGCUGAAGGAAAGAGAGAAGUUGGAGUCCUUGAAACGGGAAGAGAUGAACCGAAAGAUUGAAGAACUAAGGAGGAAUAAGUCUUUUGAGGACGAGGUGAAUAAGAAGCUGGAGAUGCUUGCAUAA